GUAAUAACGACUUUCUUCCUUGUGUUGCUUUCAGGAGAUACUGGCUCAGACGAUAACCAGGUUAUUCAGUUUCAAUCUCAAACGUGAUCUGUCACAUGGCGGGAUUGAGUAUCAAAUCUGAGAUACUGGCUCAGACGAUAACCAGGUUAUUCAGUUUCAAUCUCAAACGUGAUCAGUCACACUGACGGGAUUGAGUAUCAAAUCUUAUAACUAAACAUUUUUGGCUGCAAAUGGUGUGUCUAAGCCAGGCUUGGGUAUUAGUCCUCCACCUCCACCUUGCACUGUCCAUUGAUGGAGAAGUGGACAUGCCAGGAGAGGUGGUGCUAGGAGGGCUCCUUGCAGUACAGCAAUAUGUGGAUGGAACUUGUACUAAACUGAAUUACGAGUCUGUUCAGACCAACGAGGCAGUGAGGUGGUUCUUCAGACAACUAAAUGACAGGAACUACAUUCCCAACGUCACACUAGGUUUCCAUGCUUUCAAAACUUGUGGCCAAGACGAAAAAGCCGUUGCACAAACAAUAAAACUGAUGGACAAAUACAUAGACCGACAAGGGCCCCAGCUUUUUGCAAUACUUGGACCUGAGUACAGUACAGAAACCCAGGCCGUGUCUCGUUUACUGAGUUCACUCCCGGAACAAGAUCGUCUAUUACAGAUCAGCUUCUCCGCCACCGCCGCCAUCUUAUCUGACAAGAGGAUCUACAAAAACCUGUACCGGGUCAUAGAAACGGAUGACGUACAGGUUGAUGUCAUCUUGAAGCUCAUGGAGGCUCUUAACUGGAACUAUGUUGGCAUCAUGUUCGACUCUGAUACCUACGGCCAAGAAGCAGCCUAUGCCUUGAAGGCAUCUGCAGAGGUGCAUGAUAUAUGUGUUCCCGUGUUCCUUCCUAUAGACCUAGGCUUAACUAAUCAUCAGCAAAAGAGUGUCUUCGAUCAAUUAGUCCAAAACCUUGGGAGAAGUGCAGAAAGUCCUGUAUUGGCGCUGGUGUUUAUUGGUCGAGGCGAAACCGCAAAGAACAUGUUUAAAUACCUCCAAAUCCAUUUGGGACACACAAACUUUCAAAUGAUCGUUUCGGAGUCAUUAGGACUGGAUGAAACACGGGUCAGAGACAGCAACGGAGACGUUAUCCCCAGAACUAAAGGACUCUUAACACCAAGUCCUCCUCAUUAUGAUGUCGAGUUGUUCAGUCGAUUUUGGACUGACCUGCACUCAAACAUGACACUGGUGACGAACCAUGUACAAGAUAAUGAUUGGCUCCGCCAGUAUCUGCAAGAAAUCACUGAAUGUCAGAUUCCUUUGGAUCAAAACUGUAUGGAUAAAGCUAAAGACUAUAAUCGGAAUGAUAAAAAGCUUCGGCUGUAUAUCCACUACGCUCUACGGGGUGCUGCAGCAUUUGCAAAAACAAUUAAAGAAAUACACUCUACAGAAUGUGCUCCCAAUGCUGGACUCUGUGAUCAGAUGAGGGGUCUGCUGAAACUGCGAAUGAUUUCAAAGAUGGAACAAAUCAAUGUCAAUACCACUUUGGACUUUCAGCAAGAAUUUGAGAACGUUAACCUAACUUUUGAUUUUGAGAAAGGAGAAAUAUUUUAUGUAAGGAAGGAUCAACCAACAUACGUUGUCUUCAACCUACGCGACAAGGGAAAUAUAUUUGGAUUUUACAAGGUGGGGGAGUUUACAGGGGACAAACUUCACAUAACGGACGACAUCGUGGCAUACGAUAACAAGCAACAACAAACACACGCGGUACAAGCACAAUGUCAGCCAGAGUAUGACUGUAAAAUGUGCGUGACAACUGACCAGUGUGCGGAAAUUCUAUACAUACCAGGCGAUUUUUACAUCAUUGGUAUGGCUGCCAUACAUAUGAGAAACACCAUUCAGAAAUACGGGAGUGUUGAUCACACAUCAGCAAUGCAAUUUGCUGUAUCUAGCUUGAACACCAAGUCUGGUAUUUUCAGUAAGACACUUGGAAACAAAUCAGUUGGCUUAGUCGUGAUCGACACAUGUUCCAGUCCAUUCAGGAUACAAGAGCAAAUUAUCAACUUGAAUAAUGGUGAUUUGAGGCUUGGUCAUGGUACAAACAGUGCGGAUAUUCUUGAUAAGAUAAUUGGCUAUGUUGGUCCUUCUUUUAGUUUUGUUGCUGUGCCACUGUCGCCAUUAAUGACGGAGAUCAGGAAGGUGUUCAUAUCCUUUUCUGCGACAACACCCACCUUGAGUGUGAGGGAAGACCAUCCCUAUUUCAUGAGAACGUGCUCACCAGAUCACAAACAGGCUAAAGUCAUCAUGGAGUUAGCGAAAGUGACUGGUUCAAAAUACGUACAGAUAAUCUUCUCGAAUGAGGAAUAUGGAAUAGCUGGGAAAGAAGCUCUUCUUGACGCUGCACAGAAGCAAGAGAUAUGCGUGGCACAGUCCAUUGAAGCACAGAACACGGACGACCCUACUAAACAUAAAGGCUACAUAUCUAGUCUCAGACGUUACAGAUAUGCCAAAGUUGUCAUUGUGUUUGCCUUGCCGUCACUAACACGUUUGGUUAUGGAGAAUCUGUAUCCAAAUUUAGAAGGUGGAGAAUUUGCUUUCAUUGGUGGUGAGAGUUGGGGUCAAAUUGUGGAACUUCUUACUCCUAAAUUGCUAGGCUCUUUCACCAUAGUACAAAAGCUACCAGAUAUUAAAGCUUUUACCGAACACUUUAAGACUAUAGACAUCGAACAGUCUGUGAACACGUGGCCACAAGAUUACAUUGAAGACAUCGAGCAGUGCUAUUUUCCGAAAAGUUUUCAGAAGUAUAAACGACAGAAAUGCCUUUCAACAAAGAUUGAUGCAAGUAUCCAACCUGAUCCGUGGUCAUCAUUUGUUGUCUACACAAUAUACAGCCUUGUCUUGGGGUUCCAUGAGGCAACAACAUCUGUCUGUGGGGAUGUUGUGAUCUGUUCCGAAUUUUCAACAACAGGCUUGAUUGCUAAACUGAAAGAUGUGAAACUAGAUAUGUACCAGAAUGGCGACAGCAUCAACGUAUUUGACGACAAUGGGGAUGGAAACCUUGGAUAUAUUAUCUCCCAGAUUUCUGUGGACAAUGGUUUCGUGUAUAAAGAGGUUGGCUAUUCUACGGAGAAAGGAAUCGUUUUAUCUACACCUUUACAAGAGCUUUUGAGACAUGUGAACUUCACUUCUGAUUGCCCAAACGAGGUCGAAUGUAGAGCGUGCAAACAGCAAUUUGUCACAGUUGCUCGGCUUGGGUCUGAGAGCGAUGUGGUAAUCUUCUCCCUUGUGGCCGGCGUGUGCGUUAUGGGUCUGGUUGUCUUGGUGAUGUCGGGUUGCCUCUGUCAUCGAUGCUGCAGGAGAAAGCAACAAGAAGAUCCAUAUUCAACGAUACAUUAGAGGGAUAUGAGUCAGUCUAGUUGACGAGAAGGCAAUGUUAAUCUAUUCCACUGCACGUUUCAAAUGUACCUGCUUCCGCACAUGCUACUUUGAAGAGAGCUUCACGUCAACGCCAUUGACAACAAGACAUACCUGUGACACUGAUGUAUUUAACAAGAAAUAUAAAUGCUGAGUACAUUCAUUUUACAUGACCAUGUGAAGAAUUCUAUACAGAUAACAAAAACACAAAAAGACAAUUAUCAUUGUACAUUGUAUGUAUGAUCAGAAGGGAUUCGAACAAUCAUCUGCAGCAGGACAAAUGUAGGUUUAAGCACUCGGCUUCUCCAGUGACCUUGCAUCCUUGAGUCGCCGGUGAUGUAAAUGAGCUGGUUACAUUGACAGAUGAUUGGAAAUGACAUUGAAAACCUCCAUAAUUGAUUUUAUUCAGUGUGUAGGGCAAUUUAGCCUGAGGAUCACGUUACACUAUUGGUUAAUCAGAAUAAUUUAGGAUAAUGCAUAACAAAGCGAUCGUAGCCCUUUGACUUCAGAAACACAUGUACAAUAAAAUGGAUAUUUGUCUGAAACACUGAUCAGAUGUUUUAUUUACUGGUUAAAAAGUGUGUUUGGAAGACACUGCGGAGGGCAUUUCCAAAUUUGCCGCAUCAGUGACAAAAAUGAUCUCGUGCAAUUGCCUCUUUGACUUGUACCAUGUCUUCCUGUGUUUGUUUUCGGACUAACUGUUGACCUGUGUGUGAAUGUGACGGCUGCCUGGGUACAAUGUGUGAAGGCCAUUUCUGGUGUCCCCCGCCGUGAUAUUGCUGGAAUAUUGCUAAAAGCGGCGUAAAACCAUACUCACUCACUCACUGUGACGGCUGACACCGGUGGGGCAGAAUAUGCUCGCAUUUUUAUGAACACCUGGUAUCAUCACUAUUUGAUAUAGAUUCAUAAACACAUGAUUAUGCUAUAGUACAAUCGUACAAUGGAGGAGAAUUCUUAUGAUCAUGGAAAGGGUUUUGUCACUUUAUAUUUUAAUUAUAUUAUUGGUAUUUACCCAUAUGGGCUAAAUUAUGCAGUAUAAUAUCUUUUUGAUAUUUGCCCAGUGUGCAAUUAGUGAUUCUCGAAGCUGAUUGGUUAGUUUAACAAAGAUAUAUUUUCAUUA